UUUCAUAAAGCUGCUCACUUCUUGUAUUUGUUCAGUUCGCCCGAAGUAGACACCGGCAAUGGCCAGCUGAAAGCUUGCUCACUAGGCCAUGCCGAAGAAGUUCCCACCGCAUGUGGGUGAUGGCCGCUUCCAAGUGCAAGACAAGUUGGGGGAGGGCUGCUUUGGAGCAGUCUUCCUGGGAAAGGACCGGAAGUCCGACUCUCCCGUCGCCGUGAAGUUCGAGGACUCCAAUUGUGGCGCUCCAGGGAGUUUGGCGAUGGAGAACCGGCUGUUGAAGCAGCUGAGCGAGCCUCGGAGGCCGCAGGGCUUUGCAGAGGUCUUUUUCUUCGGCAAGAUUGGCAGCUUUACCUGUAUGGUCAUGGAAUUGUUGGGCAAGUCGCUGGAGGAAUGCAUGGAGGCAUGCAAGGGCAAAAUGGAUCCGUGCAGCGCCGUUCUGAUCGCCGAACAAGCCUUGAGACGUAUCGAGUAUUUGCACUCCAAAGGAGUGGUUCAUCGAGACAUUAAACCGGAAAACUUCAUGUAUGGCCGGGACGGCAAGAUUCAUCAGUUGCACCUCAUUGACUUCGGCUUGAGCGACACCUACUGGUCCAGGCGCCAUGUGUCUCAGAGCGGCGGCAACAGUAUGGUGGGCACCGCCCGCUAUUGUUCCAUCAACACCCACAAGGGCAUCAAUCAGACCCGCCGCGAUGAUUUGGAGGCCAUUGCCCACAUGCUGAUCUACUUCUUGCGUGGAGCACUCCCUUGGUCUGGCCUGAAGGGUGCCAAGACGGAGAAGGAGAAGUAUGAGAUGAUCGGCAAGAGGAAGGAAGCCACUCCUUUAGAUGAACUUUGUGCUGAGAUGCCCAGCGCUUUCAAGCUCUUUCUGAGCUACGCCAGGAAAUUGCCUUUUGCCGAACGUCCAGACUAUGAGCGACUGUCGCACAUCUUCAGAAAGGCGAGGGAAGAGCUGGGCAUUACCAGCGACCAUCAGUUGCAAUGGCUGGAUGAGUCCACGCUGAGUUCCAACCUUUGCCCUUUGGAGCCAUAUGUGCCCCAUGGGCAGCCGGAUGACAAGAUCAUUGUGGAUGAUCCAGACAGCGGUCGGUGCUUUCCCUUCCUGUGGAGGCGGCAGGAAGAGAUACCCGUGAAGGAUAGUGAAUAGAUUCCACUCGUGAGGCGGUUGCUGCAUGGAGGGGAAGAGCUUUGAGGUCCACUUUUGGCCCCCUGGGCCC